AUGCCGCCGAAGCGAUAUGAUGAUCUCUCUCUCCUUACUUUAUGGCCAGUAGCACCUGAUAUUGAUCUAGCUCAAUAUAUUUAUCAAUUUUUAACAUCGGAAGUCGGGACACAAACUGAGAAGGAAGUAUACUUUACUGAUUCUAUUAACUCUUUUCCAAUACAUCAGUUACAAGAGUUAGUCAAUGAGUCUAACCAGAGCAUUUAUGAAAAUAUCAAGAUCAAUACAGCUUUGGAUCUGCAUGAAUUAAGUAGUAUAAUUAAAAAAAACACUGAAUCCUUAAUUCUGAAGAAAAUACAAAAUAAGAAAACCAAUGAUCUAAAGCCCUUUCAAAUUUUGUCGGUCAUCAAUGGUCUUGAUGUUAUGUUUCGAAGUACUCUGGUCAGUUUCACCAAUGAGCAAGCACAUCUAAUGCUGAGGGACGUUAUGCUCCGAUUACGCCAGGUAUGUAAUGAAUAUGACUGCUCGCCCUUGACAUUCAAAAUAAUACUUUUGUUUAAUAGGAGCGAUGUUAUGGAGCUCUUGCCUAAACAGAGGCAUUCUGCUGCUCAUCAACAGAAGAAGAUGAAAUACAAUAACGCUAUGGAAGGUAACUCCGUCGGAGAAUUUGUAGGUAAAUAUUACUGUGAUGAGGUUGCACAAUAA